AUGCGGAUCAUGAUCAAGGGCGGCGUGUGGAAAAACACCGAGGACGAGAUCCUCAAGGCAGCCGUGAUGAAGUACGGCAUGAACCAAUGGGCGCGCGUGGCGUCUCUGCUCUCGCGCAAGUCGGCCAAGCAGUGCAAAGCGCGGUGGUACGAGUGGCUCGACCCGAGCAUCAAGAAGACCGAGUGGAGCCGCGAAGAGGAGGAGAAGCUGCUGCAUCUCGCCAAGCUCAUGCCCUCGCAGUGGCGCACGAUCGCGCCUAUCGUAGGGCGCACAGCAGCGCAGUGUAUGGACCACUAUGAGCGGCUGUUGGACGCAGCGCAGCAGAAGGACGGCGUGGACGUGAGCGACGAUCCAAGACGGCUGCGUCCGGGUGAAAUUGACCCUAAUCCAGAGAACAAACCAGCGCGGCCGGACCCUGUAGACAUGGACGAAGACGAGAAGGAGAUGCUGUCGGAAGCACGGGCGCGAUUGGCCAAUACAAAAGGCAAAAAAGCCAAGCGGAAGGCUCGUGAGAAGCAGCUUGAGGAAGCGCGACGACUGGCGGUCUUGCAGAAGAAACGAGAGCUGAAGAUGGCGGGCGUGUUGUCGUCAAACCCGAGUGUGCACAUGAAGAAGCGCAAGUAUAUUGACUAUGCAACCGAGAUCCCGUUUGAAAAGAAAGCACCCGCGGGCUUUUAUGAUGUGUCGGAGGAAAAACGCAUUACCAGCAAAGGCCUUGACCCCAAGCGGGCAGCGUUGCAACUGGACAAGCUGGAAGGCGUACGACGCGAUGCGCAAGAGAAGAAAGAACGCAAGCAGGAUGCAAAGCGGCAGCAAUCACUUGGAAAAUCGAAUUUGCCGCAGAUCAUUGCUGCAGUAAACGCAAAGAACGACCCGAUCAAUGCCAUCAGGCGCACUGCGUUGGAAUUACCUGCUCCAGUGGUGUCCAACGACGAAUUGAGCGACCUAGCUAAGCUAGGCAUGCAUGCCUCCCAUGCAGCUGCGCUUGCUCUCGGGAAUGAUUCGGCACUCGAGACGCGUGCUCUCAUGGGUGAUUAUCUAGCUACACCGUUACUUUCUGCUACUAGAGGAAAUGGAGCGACCACGCCAUCAAUUCGCGACGUGCACGAUAAUAUCAUGCAGGAAACGGCGAACCUGCUAGCCAUGCGGAACAGCACAACUCCUCUUCUCGGUGGCGAAAACGUUGAGCUCUACGAGGGAACGGGUUACGCUGGUGCGACCCCACAACGAACACCCUCGUCAGCUCUAGCUAGUUCAGUGGGGAAUAACACACCGAUGUCUGCUGCUCGGACGCCUCUACGCGAUGAGCUAGGCAUCAACCCGGAACAGCUGUACGGUACAGAGGUCGAAAGAAAUGCCAGAGCAGAAAAGGCUCGGGCCAAGCAGAUAACCACAAGUCUUCGUCGAGAUUUUGAUAGCUUGCCUGCGCCGCAAAAUGAGUACGAGAUUAACGUUCCCGAGAAAGACGAAGUUGAUGACGAGCACGUCCCUGGUCUUCAAGAGAUGGAUGCUGGAGAACAAGAAGCUCAUGAGCAACAGCAACGCGAGCUGGAACAAGAGCGGGAACUCAAGCGGCGGUCCACCGCUGUGCAGAUGGAUCUCCCGCGUCCUUUGAAGGUGAAGCAAGUGCUGAUUCAUAGCGCAGUGAGGGAAGUUGCGGACGAAAUGUGCCGCAUGCUCGAGCACGACCUCACUGCGUACCCGAUGAAUGAUGGCAAGUUGAAGAAAAACAAGAAGCGCAAACACGCCUCGAGAGCUACUGCAGUACCGCGUUUACAGCAGUUCUCCGAUACCGAUAUGGAGCGAGCGCGGCAGAUGGUGCAGAUUGAGGCCAGUUUGUGUGGCGUGGAGGACAUGUGGAAAGCCGAAGAUGCUUCCGUUGUGAACGCGAAGUGGAGUGAAGCGCAAGCACGUUAUCUCAGCAAGGCUGAGAGUGACGGGAAAAGUGACGGCGUGGUGUUUGAGUUUGCAUCAUCUGACAAGGACAAAUUGCGUGCCGUGCAAGCCCGCUUUGCUGAGCUUAAAGAAGCGAAGCAGCUUCUUGCUAAGCGCGCACAGAAGCUGGAUGAACGAGCGCGAGUCGUGAAUGGCGGAUUGCACCGCCGCUUGCAACGUGGUCUGGAGGCACUGCACGACCAUGUGACAGAGCUUCAAGACGCGACGAUAGAACAGGCGUGUUUUAAAAACUUGGCGGGUCUCGAGACCCAAGCUUUGCAGAGCCGCAUGGCACGACUGGCAGCCGACUUGAAUUCGCAGCAGUUGUGUGAAGUCAAGCUACAGAAGCAGUACGCGUUACUGCUUCAAGAGCAGAAUUAG